GGGUCAUAAAGGAUUCGAAGAAGUAGAGGAGAAGGACGCGUAACAAAUACUCUGCAAUAGGGUUAAACGGCGUUGUUGAUAUUAUUACUCUAAGUGGCCGGUCGUAAACGUAAAGCGUGUGCCGCCGUAUUACAUUCACAGACUAUGAUAUAUAGUGCGCGAGGGUGUAGUGAUUGGAGCCUUGCACAACAGCAAUGAGUUCCAAAUUUAUUAUUGAUAGUAUGUUACCUAAGUACCAUCAACAAUUUCAUCAUCAGCAAUUAUUUCAAAGUCCAGUAAGCACAUCUUCAAUUGAGGCAAGCUUAGCGUCCGUUGUCAACUACAGUUCAUCAGGUUCACCUAGUGGUUCUUCUCCUCAACAUUCGAAUAGUAGCGCUUCCUCGACUUCACCUGCUUCUAGAAUGUAUCCUUACGUAUCAGCAGCGACGGCGGCAGCUCAUCAUCAUCAUCAACAACAAGCAGUAGCGGCUGCAGCCUUUGGAGCGGCCGCCGCUUCGGGCAGCAUGGUUCCAGGAGGUUUUCCUUCAAGUGCAAGUACAGCCGCUUUAGCUGCAGCAGCGGCUGUCGAUGCCGCCGCCGAUAAAUCCUGCAGGUACACGGCUGGUUUAACCGGUAACGUUGGUCCCACAGAUUCUAUGGUAAAUUAUACAUUGGGACAUCACCAUCAAAAUGGAGCGGCAGUUUCAGCGGCAGCGAGCUCUGUAAGUGCAGCAUCCGCUUCUAUGGCAGUAGCAGCACAAUUUUAUCAUCAAGCAGCUUCAGCUGUCGUAGAUCCAUUGACUUCUUGUUCACAAACUACCGCACCCGGAGGACAACCUAUUCCAGAUAUUCCAAGAUAUCCUUGGAUGUCAAUCACAGACUGGAUGAGUCCCUUUGAUCGGGUCGUCUGUGGUCCUAAUGGUUGUCCGAGACGACGAGGCCGACAAACGUACACCCGUUUUCAAACCCUUGAAUUAGAAAAAGAGUUCCACUUCAAUCACUAUUUAACAAGAAGAAGACGUAUCGAGAUCGCUCAUGCUCUUUGCUUGACAGAGAGGCAAAUAAAAAUUUGGUUCCAAAAUCGUAGAAUGAAACUUAAAAAAGAAUUACGAGCAGUAAAAGAAAUCAACGAGCAGGCGAGGAGAGAAAGAGAGGAGCAAGAAAGACACAAACAACAACAGCAAGAGAAACAACAAAAAAUGGAACAAAACCUACACCAACACCACCAUGACCCGAUGAAAUUGAACUUGGAAAAGUCGGCCAGUUCCGAUCUACUUAAGGCCGUAUCGAAAGUUCCAACAUAAAGGGAAUUGAAAAAAUG